AUGGCUUCCGAGAUUGACAUUCUUCCAACCUAUGGCCAGAUCGGCGAUCCAUGCAUGCAUUACACGGAUCCAGAAACCGGACUGCUCCAUGUUGGAUACCUGCACGACGGAGCUUCGGGUGCGACGACUGAUGAUCUCUUCACCUACACCGAUUUGAACGUCAAGUCUGAGCCUUUCAUUCCGGCAGGCAGCAUCAACGAUCCCGUAGCAGUCUUUGAUGGCGCUGUGAUCGAACACGGAAUCAACGGGACGCCGACACUGCUCCUACACGAGUGUCAGCUAUUUGCCUAUCCAGUGGACGAUCGCAUACACCAAGGGUAUCCACCUUUCGCUGCCAACGUUACCGGAUUCCGCGACCCGUUCGUCUUCCAGAACCCCCAGGUUGAUGCAUUGAUGAAGAAGGCGAACGGCACUCAGUAUACAACCAUCUCUGGAGGCACUCACAGCGACGAGUUAGAUGAUUUCCAGACAUGGGAAUACCUGGGAGAGUGGUGGCAUGAGAAGGCGAACACUACAUGGACCGAGGCAGGUUGGGCCGGACGCUGGGGUUUCAACUUCGAGGUUGAGAAGUUUUUCGCUUUGGACCAAGAUGGCUACAACCCGAAAGGGGAAAUUUUCGCUACAGUUGGCGCGGAGUGGAGCUUCGACCCCAUUGUACCUGAGGUAUCGGACAACAGAGAGAUGCUUUGGGCUGCGGGCACACAAUCGCUGGUCAACGGGUCGCACAAGUUCGAGCCCACGAUGUCUGGAAGACUGGACGCAGGACGAUCCGCAUAUGCCGCUGCAGGCAAAGCCAUGCCGACUUCGUCACAAGCCAGCCAGAAGAGCGGUGCGCCAGACCGUUUCCUCACCUAUUUUUGGUUGACUGGUGACUUCUACGGAACUCUGAACACCCCGAAAGCGCAGCAAAACUGGACUGGCUCGCUUUUGCUCCCCAGAGAACUGAGUGUAGGUUACCUCAAUGUUGUCGACAAUGAGCUUGCGAGGGAGAAGGGCGCGUGGAGAGUCAACACUGAGCAAGACAAUGUGACAGUCACACUUGCCACGCUGCAUCAGAAGAUCGCACGAGAAUCGUUCGCCGCUUUCAAAGCAAACACCAGUACUGUCAUAACGCAGACUGGAGGUCGCCAAUCAUCUAGCGCAACAUUCGACCGCUGCCCCGAGAGCAAGCAUUAUACUAUCCUUUCUGGUGAUCACGAGACGACGCGUAUCUACUACCAGUUCUCCAACGAGAGUCUUAUCGUGGACCGAUCGAACUCGUCGGCAGCUGCAGCGACUAAUGACUGGGUUCUCACAAAGACCGAAAGCGGGAAGUUCCGCUUGUUCGAUGUUCCCAGUGGCAAUGGCGCAAAGGUCGAGACGCUCAAUAUCACGAUCGUCGUGAAUGGUAGUAUCGUGGAGGUGCACGUGAACGAUCGAUUUGCACUGAGCACUUGGGUCUGGAGCUGGUAUGAGGAUAGCAGGAACAUUCGCAUCAUUGUGGAAGGUGGCGAUGUGGAGUUCGGAGAUGUGACGAUCUGGGAGGGGCUUGUCGAUGCUUGGCCGGAGCGCAAUGCUUGAUAUAACCUCAAAUGUGUAGAGAUAGGCAUAAAGUAGACUAAAUCCUUACUCAUGAAGUCGGGUACGAUCAUAACUCAAACAAU